GCCUGUGAAUUCCAGAAUUGCUUACAGAACCGAAGCAAAUGAAUCAUCAGGAUUUCUGCUGUUCUUGGGUCAUUUCUCUGCUGAAAAGCUAUCCUGACAGAUUUUGAUAAGUAUGUCCUCACUUUAUACAUGGGUCUAGUGAUGGGAGUCCUCCUUUCAGAGGUUACAUGUUGCUACCAAGUGAAGUUGAGCAGGGCAUUUGGGACACCAGCUGUCAGACAAUGGUACCCUUUGCUCUCCCCACCACUUUAAUUCCACAUUUGGACUGUCUUUCCCACACAGAAAAUCAAAUAAAGCAUCAUGUGGCUAUUGUUCCAGUCACAGAUUUGCAUUGUGGCAGUGAAAGAAGCCAAGUAACCUGCGUAAGGCAGCUUCUGCCAGGAUAUUCUGAAGGCUAACAUCUCAUACUUGUUAAUAUUUAUUUGUACAGACUUUACCCAUUGCCAUGGAUGCUCUGCCUCCACAAAACUGCUGAAGCAGUGAUGCAGCAGGCAGAGGAAUAACUAAGCCUGAGAUUAGUUUCUUAAAGAGUAGAAAAUAGCUUUAGAAGUGCUUUCUUUGGUAAUCCUGAAAUGUGAGCACAAGAGCCAUCAGUUAGCAAAUGGUGGUCAGAAUCAUCAUGGCUUUUCUUCAGGCUGAUUGCCACAAAAAGUGACAUUCUGAGGGCGUUUAUGAACCAAAACCUGAAUCCUCAGCCAGGAGGACAGUGAGCAGCUGGAGGACCAGGCCAGCAGGCAUUGUAUGCUGUGUGACAAGAAGCAGCUCCAAGGUGUGCCCCUGCAGCCCAGUGUGCCCAGGUGUGGGGAGGGAUGGGGUAAGAGCAGCAGCCCAGCCUUAACGGCAUCACCAGGAGUGCUGGGCACCGGCACUGCUCUCACGGCAGAGAGGAAAAGAAAACCACAAACCAAGCUUGUUUGGAUGGGGACACCCUUGCUCAGUGCUUCGAGGUCACGCCUGGAUCCCACGCCUUGCUUUGAGCCCCCAGUUUAGGAGAGAGGUGGGAAGACUGGAGUGGAGGGUGAGUGUUGGGCUGGGAGGUGCCAGGCAGCUGGGGCAGGCACAGGAGGCAGAAAGGCUCCACCUGCAGCUGCUGCUCCAGGAGUCCCAGGGGAGAUGGAGCUGCAGCCGGCACUGGGGGAGGGAGCGGGGCGGGCUGGGCUGGGCUGACGCUGCCCUGGCCAUGCCAGCGCUGCCAUGGCAGCCUUGGGGUCCUGCCAGCUGCUGUACAAGGCUCGAGAAGGGAGCUGCAGUUAAGGCCCUGCAGCAGCACCUCGGCUCUUGGGGGAAGUGUGAGCAAAGGUGUGUCCAUGUUUGGAGCACUGUACCACUGCUGUGGGUGCUGUGUCCGGGCUGGAUCAGCAGACACAGGUAAAAAGCUCUCUCUGUGGUGCAGGUUGGCCAGCACUUGGAUCCAGGUGACUAGAAGCCAUCUGUAGCUCUUUGUGCUUGGGACAGCUGCUCAAAGGACCCUGUUCCUGCAGAAGGAUGGCUGCAAAGAAAAAGGAGGUAGUGCUGCAGGUCAGUAGUAGCCAGGCCUUUACCAGACCUUAUAAACUCUUAAGUGCAAAGGAUGGAGUUCAGUCUUGGGGUGUCUCAGAUUCUGCUGGCGAAACCCCACUGUGAGGUCCUCGUGGGGAAGAGGCAUCCCUGGAGGCAGGUGGGAAGCAUGGGAGGACCUGGCAGGUCACGCGUGUGCCCAGUCAGGGCUGUGGGGUGUGGAGGCAGCUGCUGCAGGGCUGCAGGUUGUGUUUGGGGCCAUUGGGGCCUAGCACAGGUUUGGCUUCUGUCAGAGACCAAAAUGCCUCUGUUUUAUGAGGAAAUAGCUCAGAGGACAUGUAGGAGUUUGUAUGGGGUUAGCACAUAUCCUGGAUGGCAAGAGUUACUGGAUGUUUCUUACCAGGUCACAUAGUCAGAAAGAUUGCUGUAAAGAUAAAAAAGCCAGAAGGUACAAGAAAGACUGAAAAAUUUAUUUCACAGUGAUGUGUAGAGGAAUUUUUUUCCUGUUUAUACUGCACAGGUGACCUAGUGAUGCUUUAUAACUACUGCAUGAGAAGAAGGGGGUUCUAAGAGCAGUUCACAAUGUAAAACCAUUGAAAACCAAAAAUGGGUUCUGCAGAUCUGAUUGAAAUUUUGAGAGCAGUUCAAUCUUCACAAGAGAGAAAUAAUGAGGAGUAUUAUGGGCUCUUUGACCUUGUUUAUUCACUGUUUAAACUGGGAAACGUGAACAUGUGUAACAAGGAAAGAGGGGCAUUUUAAUGAAGGUAGGAAUAGUUUCUGUUGCUACUUGUCCAGGUGCGUUCCUGUGGGAUGGGGAGCUUUACAUCAACUAGACCAUGCCCCUUUGGCAGUGAAGGGAAAUCUGGGUCUACAUCUGGGAUUUUUUACAUCUGCAGAUGAAAGCUGAACCUGUGUAAGACAUGAGGGGAUGUCCUGGGAGUGAUCUCCUUUUGUUAGAGAAAAGCCAAGUCCAAGCAGCCUCAGGAGAUCCAAAUUAGCAAAGCACCUUGAAGAGUGCCCGCAGUACUUGAGCCCAGUAUUUGAACUUGCGGCCAAAUUAAUUACUACAAAAUACUGUUAUAAAUAAUUUAGAUUUGUUAGUAUUCUUGUGAAACACUCAGAUGGUCCCAGCAUUAGGAAUAAUUAAAUAUUGUAGUUCUGCAGGUGUUCUCUGAGAAAACUAAGCUUGGGUCAUGUGCUGAGUAGGCAAAUAAACAGAGGUGUCUGAACAGCUCCCUGUUCCCUGAGCGGGACAGGGCCCUGGAGAAACUGCCCAGUGUGACCCCCAGUGACACAGCUGUGAGAGAGCAUUUCAUUUGCACUGGAGUUCCCACUCUUGGAAUUCUUGGCUGUAAGAUUUUAGCAGCUCUUUAAUGCCCAUUGGUGGUAAUUAUUGUGAAAUAUCUGGCCUUGAUGAAACUUACUGUCUUCCACUGCAGUCUAAAUGUAGUUGGGGUUGAUGAUACCCACUGAGGAAGGAGUCAGGAAUUUUUGUUGUUCAGGAUGAACAAAACCAGAUCUUGCAUUUCUCCAGAAGUCUUUUUUAUUUUAACUUGCUGUGUUUUUCUAAGUACAUCCUGUAAUAUGAGGAAAAUGUGAAGGAUUAUAUCCUUUCUAGUAACAGUAUCGGGAGUGUGGGAUAAUAGAGUGGGUGGUGCUGUGUGUGGAAUGGUCUAGGGCAUGCUUGACAGGGUCAAUCCCUGAGCAAGCUGAUCUAAUGCUGAGUUUUGUGCAGGAGAUUAAAUGAAGGACUCCACAGGCCCCUCCCAGCCUAGAACUUUCUGUUCUCUGCUUACUGUACUUUGGAAGUCUUUAGGUAACAGCUGGGGGUUCAUGUAAGAACAUGCUGGGUUCAGACCACCCUCCAGUGCCCACACAUCAUGGAAAUUGUGUAUUUACUAGUUUGGUUUAUCAAGGCUGAAACAUCUCAAAUAGUAGAAUUUGUGUGGCGGCAAGGUGAGAAACUGCUGCUGGAGAAUCAGGUGGUUCAUAAACCCUGUGAGGACUGGGAUUGGAUGAGGUGUGGUUCAACUGGAACCCUGGGCAGGCAGAUGGAGAUCCUGACAAGGGGCUGUGGGUCUGUGAUCCCAGUUUGGGGGCCCCAGCCAACCCCCAGAACAGCCCUCUGCAAACUGAGUCUGGGAUCCCCAGGCAUCCACUGUUCAGUAGUGCCACUAAGCAGGGGAGGACUUGCCCUUGGCUGGAUGCUGCCCUUUCCCUCUGCCUUUCCUUGGAUCUUGUGAGACAUCCUGAUCAGCUGGUCAGAGGUGAGAGAACCACAGUCAGAGGAAUUUCCUGAGUGCCCAGGUAAUGCCUCUUCAGGCAGGUUUGUCCCUCUGGAGUAAUUUGUCAAUAUGUUUGCAGCAACUGGGUAGUACCUGAUGAAUUACUGUGGCUUUUACUGUGUUUUUCAAUUUUCCACACAGAUUAACAUUACUAGCCAGGAGCUUUGGGAAGAAGUGCUUUGUCUCAAAGGACUCAUUGUUGUUGAUGUGUUUCAAGCCUGGUGUGGCCCGUGCAAACCAGUAGUGAAUCUGUUCCAAAAAAUCAAGAAUGAAGUUGGCAGUAAUCUCCUGCAUUUUGCUGUGGCUGAAGUUGAUUCCAUUGAUGCUCUGGAAAAAUACAGAGGACAAUGUGAGCCCGUCUUUCUUUUUUAUACAGGAGGAGAAUUAGUGGCUGUUGUAAGAGGAGCAGAUGCACCAUUGCUGCAGAAGACCAUCCUGAAACAGCUGGCAGGGGAAAGGAAGCGUGGAGGAGAGCCCAUGGUGGUGCCAGACAGAGCCUUCUCCAGAGACCAGGGAAGCACAGCCCCCCUUCAGGAGGAACAACAGCAAGGACUAACAGGCUGACGCACCCAUCGGGAUGACAACCGCACCCUGCGGGAUGACAACCGCAGCCGUGGAGCAGAUGCGACCUUUUUCAAUAAACACGAGAUUUUCGUGUAGCAGCAGCA